AUGAAUAAUUUAGUGAAUGCAUUGCAGAAUAGUGAUCGUGCGUCGUUGUUGGGUGAACUGAAGAAGACACCCAAAGGUUACGAAUUGGAUGUUCGAGAUGAGAAGAGUGGUGAUGUGAAAUUGCAUGCUUCGGCUGAGAUGCCUAACGAGUAUUCGGCUGAAGUGGAGCUUUGGCAUAGUGAACGAGGCAAACGAAUCAGAGAUGCUAGAUUAGCACUAGAGGCGAAAGCCAAACAGACAAUAGCAGAAGCGAAGCAUUUGGAUCAGAAUAGCGCUUUGAAAGAUAACGUGAUGCCGUUGGUGGAAUCGCAGAAGAUUAUUGCAAAGGAUAUCAUGCAUACACUGAACACUUUGUUGAAAUCCUGGACAGCAGAACAGAGGUCAGUUGAGGCGAUAGCACUGGAUUCAACGGGUAGUUGAGAGUUUGCAAACGAGCUUGGUCCAGAGUAUAAGCAGAUGGUGGACCAAAUCGAAGAAAAUUACGAACUGGUUGAGGAGGCAGUUUUGACAGCAUACGAUACGACACAACAGGCUGUGGAGCAAGCGAUUGCAGCGAUGCCCAAAUCGGAGUUCGUUCAAAAACUUCGCCAAAUGCGUGAAGGUGGAGGCGAUUUCACGAAACAGCUCACGCAGAUGUUUGAACCAGUCGUUAAGCUCUUCCAUACUUACUCUGUACAGAUAGAGAAGCUGCAAAAACAGUUCGACGAAGCAUUGGAUUAUUUGGAGAAAAACUUGAAAAUCAAGGAAAUAAAAGCGGCUCUCCAAGACUAUCAAAAGAAACUCGAACGUAUUGAUGUUGUUCACGAGGUGUUGACGAAGGCACAGAAACUCUCAAGAGACUAUCAGAUGCCUGAAGUGGAGAGAAAGCUUCAUGAAAUACAUUCACAUCGACAGCAAUACGAGUCGAAGGCUCUGCAAUUAUAUGAAAAACUAAAAGAGAUUCUGCUCAAUCGACUGCUUGUUGGAGUGAUGUCUGGAGCAACGGGCAAUAUUGUUGAGAAGAUGAGUGGCGAACGAUUUGACGACAUUGAAAUGGAGAAGCGUUGGUUGGAUGUGAUCCACUUCUUGAGAGGUAAAACCUCGUUGGAGACGUUCUCGCAUGAUCUCUGGAAGAAGUAUGUGCCGACCGUGAAACAUAUUGGUCCAGGCGAGUAUGAGGCGGAAGUGACGGUACCACAUGGAGCGAGUUCGUUGCGUGAGGUUUUGGAGGAUCUGCAUCCUGAGCGAUUGCUAGCUUUGAAGUCGUCACUGCUCGAGAAAGCCAGAUCUUAUGCCUUACAUCCUGAGGUGAGUGAGUGCAUUUCGAUGGCAAACAUCUGA